AGCCGUCAUAAAAAAAACUGUGUUUUGGAAUGUUGUGUGUAUUUUUGUGAGCAAGUUUUUCCAGCAUUUUCCUCCACAAAUGAGUGGGAAUCAAGCGUAUUGUCGUCUAUGUUUGCGUUCCGAUGGCUUCAUUGUGGGUAUUUUUGAGGACAAGAACGAAAAAAUUGAUCAGCUCAUUGAGGAAUACACGACAGUUGUGAUCAGAGAGAAUGAGGGUGUGUUUCCAGCCACGAUAUGCAUCGGCUGCUUGAGGUACAUUGAGUCGUUCAGGUCAUUCAGGAGCCAAUGCGUGAAGAAUGAUGAGUUGCUCCGGAAGGGAAUGUUUGAGCAGCCAAUAAAGGCAGAAUUUGAGGAUUUCCCGGAUGUAGCGCCAGACAUAACCCUAACGACUGAAUCCCCAGUGCCAGAUGAGAGUGUGGAGGUGAAUCUUGGAGAGGGAGUGAAGGAAGAAGAUGCCGAUGAGGAGAGUGAGGAAGGAGAUUUUGGAGAGGACUUUGCGCUGGAAGCGUAUGAGGUGAAGCCUAAGAAGAAGCGAAAACCGUACAAGAAGCGAAUGAAAAAGGUGAAGCUGGAGGAAGAGGAGGAGCCCGAGGGAGAGGAAAAGAAGAAAAAGAAGCAGCAGAACAGGACACUCAAAGUGUGCUACAUCUGCGGAAAGACUACCACUAAUCAGACCCUCCACCUCAUUCGACACUCAGAUCUUACGCCCUACAAAUGCGACUAUCCGGACUGCACGAAAGCCUACAAGACGUACCUGGGCUUGAGGUAUCACAAGUAUACUCACACGGAUUACCGGCCGCAUGUCUGUGAGAUCUGUGGCCGGGGAUUUGCUCGCAGGAGCAAGAUGGUGGUUCAUAUGCUGGUGCACACGAAUGAACGGAACUUCCCCUGCGAACUCUGCGGGAAGGCCUUCAAGCAGAGGUACAAUCUCAUAGCCCACCGCCGGACACACACGGAUGACCGCAAGGAGAAGUGUCUGGAGUGCGGAAAGUGCUUCCUGACGCGUCACGAAUUGGGGAAGCACGCCCGAAUUCACCGAAAUGACGAGCAUCCCUACAAGUGUUCCAUCUGCACGUACAGUACGCUGUACAAGGCCAGCCUCAACAGCCACAUGGGCAAGGUGCACGGGCUGAACCACUGAGGAGCCAGUGACAAAAAGUACCCGCCCGCCCAGCCGCCUCCCGACGCCUCAGAGAGAAAAUGAGAGUUCAUCCAAGCUAAUGACCUCACACUGGACACUCUGGGGAUUCUUUUGUCUCCUCCGGCUCGCUCGGCUGCCCACAGAUUUCCCAUUCAUCUGCAGCACGACAAUGGGGACUCUCGUCAGUUGGUCUGGAGCUCGCGGUGCGGCAUCACGCGCAAUUCUCUUCCGAGUCAUGGUUCUUGUGCAAUCUGCAAAUCUCUAGUUGUGCUAACUCUAAGUCUCUGUGUCCUGUCUUAGAAAAAAAAAAUUUAAUAAAUAAAAAGAAAGAAAGAAAAGAGAAUGAUCAAAAUCCUAGGUAAAGUCCCAUUCUUUUAUUUUAAGUGAUAACACAAUUUAUAAUGAAGAAAAUGCAAUAAAGCCAAUGUAUAUUUCCCGCCAAAAAA